CACGCGUGUUGCCGCGUAUCGGCGCGGCAAGCGCAUGUUGCCGCUUGUCGGCGCAUGCCUGGCCGGCCUCUGCGCUUCUCAGGCCCCGGAGUCUUCCUCCUGCCCUGUAGGCCCUUAGCUGGGGUGGAGCUGUGGCGAACCCGAGCGAGCCGCGCGGCCGAGCGCUGUCCAUGCGGAGCGCUGUCCACGCGCUGGGCAUUGCCGGGUUCGCGAGCUGUCCGCCAGCCGGUAGCGCGCACGCAGCGACCCCGUGUGGUGAAGGCUGUGCUAGCCGGCCGGCUCUCCAGGACAAAGUGGGGCAGUCAUCUUCUAAACCACAAAACCUAGCCCGGACUGGGUUUUCAUCUCAAUCGAGAAGCCAACCAGAGCAUGGUUUUGGGCUUCAACUGCUAAUGAACGAUAUUAACUCGUCCUUGGAAAGCCUUAACUCAGCUUGCAACAUGCAAUCCGACACUGACACUGUGCCCCUUCUUCAGAAUGGCCAGCAUGCCAGCAACCAACCAGCAGCCUCGAGCUCUCGGAGCCUGCAGCCGCAGGCGUCCCCGAGGCAGAAAGUGCAGCGUUCCCAACCUGUGCAUAUUCUUCCUAUCAGGUGGGCCCAGAGAAGUGAGCUUUGGAUUUUUCAAAGGAGGAAAGGAAGGAGAGGUGACCCUGGAGAAGUGCCAAGGAGUACAGAGGAAAUGUUGAAUCGGCGUCUUCAGGAGGAAGACCAACAAUUCAGAACUUCAUCUCUUCCAGCUAUCCCUAACCCAUUCCCGGAGCUCUGUGGGGGGGCUGGGAGCCCUCCUCCGGCUGCUGCUCCUCCGAGCUCCUUACCUCCUCCUCCAAGCCAGCCCCCUACCAAGCAGGAUGUCAAAGUCUUUAGUGAAGAUGGGACAAGCAAAGUGGUGGAGAUUCUAACAGACAUGACAGCCAGGGACCUGUGCCAGUUGCUGGUUUACAAGAGUCACUGUGUGGAUGACAACAGCUGGACUCUGGUGGAGCACCACCCCCAACUGGGAUUAGAGAGGUGCCUGGAGGACCAUGAGAUUGUGGUCCAAGUAGAGAGUACCAUGCCAAGUGAAAGCAAAUUCUUAUUCAGAAAGAAUUAUGCGAAGUACGAGUUCUUUAAGAACCCAGUGAACUUCUUCCCGGAUCAGAUGGUCACUUGGUGCCAGCAGUCCAAUGGCAGUCAGGCCCAGCUUCUGCAGAAUUUUCUGAACUCCAGCAGCUGCCCUGAGAUUCAAGGGUUCCUGCAGGUGAAGGAGCUUGGAAGAAAGUCUUGGAAGAAACUGUAUGUGUGCCUGCGCAGAUCUGGCCUCUAUUACUCCACCAAGGGGACUUCAAAGGAACCCAGACACCUGCAGCUGCUGGCUGACCUGGAGGAAAGCAGCAUCUUCUACCUGAUUGCUGGAAAGAAGCAGUACAAUGCACCCAAUGACCAUGGGAUGUGCAUCAAGCCAAACAAAGCAAAAAUUGAGAUGAAAGAGCUGCGUCUGCUCUGUGCUGAGGAUGAGCAGAUCCGUACUUGCUGGAUGACAGCCUUCAGACUCCUCAAGUAUGGAAUGCUCCUGUACCAAAACUAUCGCAUCCCUCAGCAGAGGAAGGCUUUGCUCUCUCCUUUCAACACCCCUGUGCGCAGCGUUUCUGAGAAUUCUCUGGUGGCAAUGGAUUUUUCUGGACAGACCGGAAGAGUGAUCGAUAAUCCAGCUGAAGCUCAGAGCGCUGCCCUGGAAGAGGGCCAUGCCUGGCGGAAGCGAAGCACAAGGAUGAAUAUUCUAAGCAGCCAAAGCCCCCUUCAUCCUUCUACCCUGAAUUCGGUGAUUCACAGAACUCAGCAUUGGUUUCAUGGACGUAUCUCCCGUGAGGAGUCCCACAGGAUCAUCAAGCAACAAGGUCUAGUGGACGGGCUGUUCCUGCUCCGUGACAGCCAGAGUAAUCCAAAGGCGUUUGUACUGACUCUGUGCCACCACCAGAAGAUUAAGAACUUCCAGAUCUUGCCCUGCGAGGAUGAUGGGCAGACAUUCUUCACUCUGGAUGAUGGGAACACCAAGUUCUCCGACCUGAUCCAGCUGGUCGACUUCUACCAGCUCAACAAAGGUGUUCUGCCCUGCAAGCUGAAGCACCACUGCAUUCGCGUGGCCUUAUGACCUCCUUGCCCUCUCUCAGAGGCUGGAGGCAGCAACACUGGAACGGAGAGGAGACGCCUGCAUGAGGGGGAGAACACACACCUGCUCCCACCUAAGGACUCAGAACAACAUGGCUUUUCGAUCGGUGCCAACCGACCAACAUCAAUUAGUUAUUUGGACUUCACAAAGAUUUGCCGCUGCGGAUCAAGCAGGACCACCUCCCUCUGCGUCAGCCAUUUAAAUUGGGGGAGGGUUGAGAUCCAGUGCAAGUGUGGGGAGAAACUGGAAUGGCGAUUUUUGAUUAGGCCACGUAGGGUGAAAACCGCAGAGAAGUAAUUGGAAAUGAACUCUUGCCCUGGAAUAAUCUUGACAAUUAAAACCGCGAUGUUUACUUUUUUGUAUCACUUUUUUGCACUCCUUCUUCGUUGUCAAUGUUGUGCUCAGCCUAUGGUAGGAGGGGAUGUGGCUUUGCAACCCAGAUGAGACAAAGAAUUUUGAAUUGGCAGAUUUCAGCUUGGAAAAAAAAAGGGGGGGUCCCCAAAGUUUUGUUGAGGGCAUCCUGCUUACCACAGGUUGCCACAGUGUGGAUUUGGCUCCUACAUUAUAGACACCCCAGUCCUCCCCAUCAUACUUGAAAAGCUUUUUUUUUAAAAAAAAUAAAAUAAUCAAAUCAAAGGUGUUGACCGUGGGUGACACCAAGCAUGUUUUGUGGACUCCGUCAAGCUCCCACAGUCUGGUCACCAUUGUUGUUGUGCUGGUGUUUUGUGGACUCCGUCAAGCUCCCACAGUCUGGUCACCAUUGUUGUUGUGCUGGUGUUUUGUGGACUCCGUCAAGCUCCCACAGUCUGGUCACCAUUGUUGUUGUGCUGGUGUUUGGUCAUUUCUUAUUCGUGUAUCUCCUUCUCCACAGUGCAGGAGACCUCGUUACUUUGGAAAACUCGCUGUUCCCCCAGCACAGCACAGCUGCAUGACCUCAGCUUUAAACUGAUGUCAGCACGCCUUCUUGGAACACAUUGGUAUUCAUUGUGGAUGCCACAUAGUCCAUCUGGGGUGCCCUGUGCCUCACGUUUUCACAGCCACCCACUGUUGUAGAAUAAUUGCUGCCUUUACCCUCUGCAGUAGCCUCAGUCAGUUCAGUUCUCCCACCGGGGUGGGGUGGGAUCGUGGGGUUAAAGGGUUUAAAGAGAAAGUGUCAACUUGUUGGCCUUGUGCUCUGUCAAUCUGAGCGUCUAUGGAUAAAGAUAAGGAAACACUGCAGAGGGCACUGGCAUAGGCUGGCUUUGAGUCUUUGCUUGAUGACCCCUGCGCCCUACUGAAAACCCCCUAAGCCAGCAGGAGCAGGCUAUGCAGAGGUUCUGCCUCCACUGGCUUAGGGCGAGAAGUACCUCACAGUGGUUGUGAACAUUGAACAGUUUUUAGCAGCAUGAUGUUUGCUUCCUCCUCCAAGAGAGGAGUCAGAAGGUGGCUGGAGUUGUCAAUGGGUCCCCUGAACCCUUUGGAGGACCCUCUGUUGUCCCCUUAAUGAUUUAUCAGGCCAUGAGGGUAGCAGACAGGACUCCCGUGAGAAACACACAGACAACCGUGGUGAACAGGUUUCCUUGCCUGACACCACCCCUGAAUGGCCCUUUGAACCUGAGCUAGCCGCUAGAUUGCCAGUCCCGACUCACUGGAGUGCUCCCCAGGGAGCACCCCUGAUUGCCCUGCGGUUGACGGCAUGGUGGAAGAUAGACGUGUCAGUGCUUUGUAAAAACGAGUCAGCUGCAAGCUGGUCCACAGUUAUAGAAACACUGUAGUUCACAGACCACGCAACCCGUGUUUCCACGUGAUGUUUAUUACAACAAAUGAAGAAUUUUUUUUCUUUUUACUUUUUAACUUUUUAUCUAUCUUUUAUCUUUUUUUUUAGUAAGACAUUUUCGUAAGCAUAAAUGCUCAAUUGCAUUUCUCUUUCUUUCGCAGCUAGUUAAUCAUUCAGUUGACAAUGAGAUAAUUCUCAAGUUCAUGCCUGGCAGCAGGUUUCCACUGAUCUUCCCCUUUGGGACAGAUAAACGGACAUUUCAGUUUUACCGUGCUCAUUUCUUUUUUGCUGACUUAAGGUCAGAACUUUACAAAACAGACAGCAAACAACUCUAGGGUUUCUUUCUCCAGUUUACACAGACCAGUCCCCACAGUGCAUAAUCUUUUUCUCUUUUGCCUCUACAGUAGUCAGCUAGGACGUGUAUCUCAUAUUUAUAAGUAUGCAUUUUAUUUAAAAGGAAAGUAUAGGCUUGACUCUGGUUCACAAUUUUGUAUGUAGCUGGUUUGACGUAGUAUUUUGUACUUCCCUAGCCGAAGUGAAUUGUCGAAGGCUGCAACCCGCCUUGAGUGUAGCAGACUUCAGUGGCCCCGAGCUCGCCAGCCUUUGCACAGGCAGCUGGGAAUUCCACCUGAAACAGCUAGUCCCUGGGGUAGUGGGUACCCAGCCCCCCUAGCCAGAGACUGAAGGACAUUUGACUUUUAUUUUUGUAUUUAAUUGACAUGAAUGUAAAGGGGACAGCUCAGGGUUGUUUUGGAGCCUGUUUGACUUUGUAAUCUCUGCCUGUGAUUUUUCUUUUCUAAAUGAGAACUCCGUGUAGCCACCUGGACUAAGUUGAGAAGGAAAAUGCCAAAUGCUUUGGGUUUUUAGAGUUUCAAUAGGUAGGCUCUGUUAUAUUAUUAGGUGUUAGAGUUUCUGAACGUGUUUUUUCUUCUUUUUUUUUUCUUUUGUUUGCUUAAACUUUGAAGAAAUAUGUGCCUCAGCUUAGAUGUUUUGUCUUCUCCUUUCUGCACUUAAAUACCUGACAGUCUGUCGGAUCACUGCGCCUCCGUGAGCAUCAGUAGCUCACCGUAGAUUUGUGAUGUCAUAGUGCAAACAGCAGUGACCAGAAAGUGACCUGACAUGUAAACGUUUUCAGGGAAUGCAGAGGGUGUUAAUUAACAGACAAAACCUUUACCCCGCGUGCUUUGCCUCACUUUGUGCUAUAUAGCUCUUUGGCUCGUGAACCUAAUUGUAAACUUUCAGGUAUUUUUGUACAAAUAAGGGACUGAUGUUCUGUUUCUUGUUAUUAGAAAUAAACAUUAAUACAGU